GUGUCCACGCUUCCGGCUGACAGUGCGGUUUUUGAGUUCGUGCGAUUAGGGGUAUGUUCCUUCUUUCUCUCUCGUGAGUUUCUCAGUGAACAUCGCAAGCAUUCAUCGAGCAUUCCAAAUACGGUAGGAAGUCUUGGACGGACGUGUGCGGUCUCUCUACGGAAAAGAUUCACCUCUCGUACUUACACGCGUUUAUAUCCUUUUGAAAGGCUGUCCACGCUAACCGUUCUCGUCGAUCUUUUGCUCCGCCAUGCUCUUGCCAUGCCCUCAAUGCUUUCGAAGAUCGAUCGAGGUUUCACGCGAGUGAUAUUCAUUAUACUGGGAAGCCAUUCGUAGACAUCUUUGGACGCAUGGACAAGAAAGCCAUCGGAAAUAGAUGGUAAUACACGAACGUGUCUCCUACUCGGCGCAUCAGGAAAUAACUGGCGGUCAACAGUGGUGGAAGGUUUCGGAGCAGACGCGAGAUGGAGAAAGCAGAAAAGAUAUGAGGGGAAAAAAGAAUGAAAAGAAAUAAAUUGCCACGAUGUAUCAUGCGAUUCGAAGGAAAAAAAAAAAAAAGAAGAAAAAUUGAGAACUUAAGGCAAAGAAAGUACAGAUGAGUACGCAGGUGAAUGAACGAGGACGAGUUGAUCGAACGAAAUGUAAGGGCGAAGCGACGGCGCAAGCGGGUCCCAGUGAAUGUCCUUGGAUAAAAGGUGUCAUCGUACGGAGUAUCUGUUCACAUCUUACCGGGCAGCAUUGGAUUGAAGUUGAACCUUCUAAUACUGUCAGGUAAAGAUGUCGUCAGGAUUCCGAAAUCAACAUGCCAACAUGGCGACAACCUAGACUACGACGACGACGACAAGGAUCAUAAUAAGAAUCGACCAAGUAAACGUUCUAAGAGCGUUGCCCAUAGCGAUUUUAUACACACGUUGAGACACACGACGGAUAAUGUUACGUCUGGCUACACGGGUUCAUGCUUCUUAAAACUUCUUAAGUAGCUGAGAAUAACUUUCACGUAUAUACACAUAUACAUAGAUAGAUAGAUAGAUUGCACGUAUGGUAAAUGGUAAUACGAUAAUUAUUAUCCAUACGAUACAUGUGCAUAUAUAGAUAUGUAUACAACGAAGUUGUAUUUCAUAGGGUCUUAAUGGAUGAAUUUAUUAGUCGCACGAGACGAUCGAUUUAGGGGUUGUUAUUGACAAAAAAAAUGGGUCACAACUUUCAACCUUAGAACGGUCUAUAACUAAAUUAUUUUUUGACUCUUGCUUAGUAGCUACACGUGCUGUUUUCUCGUUCUUGUCCCUGAUAUAAAACAUCAAAAAUUGAGUUCUAUAAACACAAUUCGUAAAGUUAAGUGUAGUAUUUUAGAAUAAAAUAUCAUUGUUCAAUAUCACAGAAAUACUAAUCGAAAGUUCGUCAAUUAUGUUUAUUUCUUUUCUUUUUAUUUAUUCUUUUUGUUCAAUAGGAUACAAUUAAUAAAUCGUCUAGAUAAAAAACUAUUUAUCCAUUAUUAAAUGCAUAUAAGUUAGGAUUAUUAUAUUUAUCAAUAUGCUUUUUCCGAUUGAAUUUUAUCACCAACGAACGAAACACGACUCGAUGGAAAGACUAUAGAAUAAAAAUAUAAAAAUAUAAGACCAUAGUGGAGAAAGAUGCAUUCGUGUAGAUUCGAGAUUUCCUUUCUUUUUUUCUCCGUUAAGAAGAACCUGUACUAAGCUCUCCGAUAAAUGCGAUCGCAUCGCCGUCUUCGAAAACGUCGCGACAUCGAAAGGUGCAUCGUAAUGAGCUCCUCACGCCUGUCGUGUCACUCGUGUUGCGUGUGUUAUAUAUAUAUUAUAUUAUAUAUAUAUAUAUAUAUGAAUGAAUGUAUGUACAUGUAACAUAUUUUCUGCUCUCCCGCGACAACAUAAUCCCCAUCUAGAGUCGAACGUGUGUGAUGAUUCUCUCUUAUUCUACUCUUCUCAUUCAUCAUUUGCAGUUUAUUUAUAAGUAAAAUUCUCUCUCUAUCUUUCUCUUGCUUCGGGUAUAGCAUAGUACUGGUUUUCUGUAAAUAUUUUCACUCUGUUUCUAUGCCAGUCUUAAAAAACGAUCGAGUCUUUGGAAUUUCGUGAACCGACAACAGCGCGAUACGUAUUUUCGGUUGAUCGUGGUGGCUCGCGUGAUUCUUGCGGCAGCGGGGUCAAGAGAGAGAGAGAGAGAAAGAGAGGGUGGAAGGGAGGGAGGGGGAACAUGGAGGGCAAAGCGGGGUCGGGGAGAAUCAGCUUCAAGAGAGGAAAAGAACGAGGACGAUAAAUAAGGUGGUCGCUGUCUGCAGGCGCGCCAAGCGCUGCGUGCGCGCAUUCGUACAUAUGUGUGUGUAUGUGUAUUCGUGUAGAUGUUUGCAUACAUGUAACAUAUGUACGCUACUAUAUGCACACGUAUAUAUGUAUGAAUGUAUUACAUAUGUAAGAUACUAGGUACAUACAGCUUGCUCACAUGCUGAGGAAAGGAGAAAGAGAGAAAGACACUCUCUCUUGUGCAAGUCGAACGACCGCGCACGCAGAAACGGCAGGAGGGUUCCUACUACGAUCCUGUAUCGUGUCGGUAGGAGGUAGAAACGCGGCAAAAGCUCUCCACAGUCGUGUAGUCGUAUGCUUCGGAGUUGCUCGGAGCGGCGAACGAGUAGGCGCGUCAGGAAUGUAACGCCUCAAAAACGAUGCCACGAUCGUCGUAAAGCAUUGCGUGGGUCCGCCUCGCGACGUGGAAAUGAAUACGCCAGUGUAGAAUUAAGAAUGAUCGAAAAAUAGAUUCGAUGUGAAAGGAAUUUCGGUUGUACGUAGCAAUAUGUAUUAUAUAUUUAUCUACCGGUUUUACAAAUAGGGUUAUGUUAUUAAAACAGCAGAAUGAUAUAUACGGUAAUUAAGUGAUGCUGAUAUGAUAAAAGAGUUAUAAAGGUUGGAAUUAAUUAUAAAUUUUAAUUUACGUUGUAAUCAUAAGCACACAAAAUGUGGGAGGAAGGAUUUAAAACUAUUAUACUACCUACAUUAUCUACCAUGUUAGUUUUUGUAUUAGUUAUUAAUUUCUUUCGACGUAUUACAGAAGAAACAUAUAUUCAUAUAAGAGAUGUUACUCAAGAACAUAAUUGGAAGCCUAUUAGAAAAGUAACUAAGUCAUAUUACUGCAGUAUUUGUGAAAGUUUAUUACUAAAUAUCAAUGGUUUAUUAUGUGAUUCAUGUGGAGUAUGUGCUGAUCUUGGAUGUAUCAAAACAGCAAACAAAAUACUUCGUUGUAAAGCUAUUACUAUGGAUAGUAAUGAGCAAUUGCUACAUCAUUGGAUUAAAGGUAAUUUACCAGUAGUAGCAAUGUGUGAUAUUUGUAACGAAGAAUGUGAUACAGAACUUGGGCUUAUGGAUUGGUGGUGUUGUUGGUGUCAAAGAACCGUUCAUGAUUCUUGUAAACUUUCUAUAUCUGAGGUAUGUGACUUUGGUAGAUUUAGAUUAAUGAUAAUCCCACCUCAAAGCUUAAAGGCUAUAAGUAAACGCAGAAGAAUGAGACGCAAAUUAGAGCUACAUUCAGUUAUUAAACCUAAUUGGCUUGGUUGGAAUCCUCUCAUUGUUGUUGGGAACAGAAAAUCUGGUAAUAAUGAUAGUGAAGAAAUUUUAUCAUUAUUUAGAGGAUUAUUAAACCCUGCACAAGUUAUGGAUUUAGCAGAACAAGAUCCAACUGCAAUACUUACGUGGUGUCGUCUACUUGGAGAUACUCUCUGUACAGUUCUUGUUGCAGGGGGUGAUGGUACCAUUGCCUGGUUACUUAAUAUUAUUCAUAAAUUACAAUUAAAUCCAGUUCCAGCUGUAGCAAUACUUCCUUUAGGAACAGGAAAUGAUUUGUCCAGAGUAUUGAAAUGGGGUAAAGAGCAUGAUUCGAAUUUAGAUCCUAAUGACAUUUUACAAAAGAUAGAACUUGCAGAAAGGGUUAACUUUGAUAGAUGGAGUGUAAAAGUAAAACCACACAAUGGAUUAGGAUCUACAGGAUCACAAUCAAAUCUUUUUAUGUAUAAUUAUCUAAGCAUAGGAGUGGAUGCACAAGUAACAUUAGACUUCCACCGCACAAGGCAAAGCCGUUUUUAUUUGUUCAGUCAUAGAAUUUUUAAUAAGUUAUUAUACAUAUGCUUUGGUACACAACAAGUCAUGGAAAGAGAAUGCAAAAAUCUUGACAAAAGUUUAGAAGUGUACUUAGAUGGCAAAAGAGUAGUUUUACCUUCUAUAGAAAGCAUAGUUAUACUUAACAUUCCAUCAUGGGCUGCUGGUGUUGACCUCUGGAAUAUAGGAUUGGAAGAAGGACAAAACGAAGUAGGAGUUCAGAAAAUUGAUGAUCAAAAGCUAGAGGUUUGUGCUCUUUACUCAUCUUUUCACAUGGCUCAAUUACAAGUUGGUUACUCGCAACCACAUCGAUUGGGACAAGCUAGUGUUAUAAAAGUAAAACUAUUGAAAUCAUGUGCCAUACAAAUCGAUGGUGAACCUUGGUAUCAACAUCCUUGUGAGCUUAAUAUUACUUAUUGCAAUCAAGCAUUGAUGUUGAAGAAUAAAAAUUAUUAAGCCUACAUUUGUAGGCAUUAUGGGUAUAAAAAUGCAUUUAGUUAAAUAUAUAUAUAUAUAUAUAUAUAUAUAUAUAUAUAUAUAUAUAUAUCAAUAUGUAUAUCAUUAUAUAUAUCAUUAUAUAUAUCAGUAUUUAUUUAACAUUAGAAGUAAAUGUUGUAAAAUAUGUUAAAGAAAUCUAGUCAACAUUAUUUUAAGAAACAGUUUAAAACAAAUUGUUAAAUAUAAAUGUUGAGAAUAAAUUUCUUGAAACAAGUUAUAAAUGUUGAUUAAUAGAUUAUAGGAUAUUAAUAAAUGUAUAUAAUGAAUAAAAAUUUAAUAGUAAUUAAUUAUUUAUCAAGGAAUGAAUAGAUCCCUAGAGUCAUCUUUAUAGUUUGUUAUCAUCUCAAAAAAGUAGUCAUUAUCAUAUAGUUAUCAUCUCAAAGAAAAUAGUACGUAAAAAUGAAAAUGAGAUGAACUUUAACUAUGAACUAGCCUUUAAAAAGUCUAUAACAAGAUGGCCUAUCGCGCUUGCGCAUUUUUUACCAUUUAUCUCGAAAGUAGAAAAGAAGUUUAUAGCGCCACCUUUAACAUGAUUCAUUUGUAUGUUUAGUGUUCUGCUGUCAUUAUACAUGGGGUCCCAAAAUUAUUUUGUAAACACUUGGAGAGUGAACAUCGCAUUCGUAAAUCUUGAUAUGCAUUUUAUACGCAAUAUGCAAUGCCUAA